GUCUAGUGCCUCCACUCACUCGGUGACGUGCUCUCAUCCAGUCUGUAGCAGCCUGAGGGACGGACACAGCUAAGAAACCACCGCUAAGAACCCGACCACAGACGCUCCCCAACUACACCACAGAUGGGGCCUGGAUUGUUUUGGAACUUCCCUCCCAAGGCUGGCUGCACGGUUCCACAAAGCCUCCUGCAGACCAUGUUGCUGUCCAGGAUGGCGGGGAUGAAGGAGCAGCAGUUCACGGAGGAGAAGCCCCUGCUGCCCGAGCAGAGAGGACUGGACUCAGACAUGCAGGAUAAAGGCGAGGAGGCGUCGGGGGGGCUCCCGUGCCCCGCCAGCCCGGCGCCCCUUAACCACCCUCCUCCCCCCAGCCGCCCCACUCACCGCUGGCAUGUCAUCGCACGGCACUGGCUCCGCCAGACCCGCCGUCGGACCAGCGGGGUCCUCCCGGAAAGCUGUGAGCAGCUGAUGCCACCGGGCGACUGGAAGGAACACGAUGUGGAGACCCCUUACGGGAUGCUGCAUGUGGUGAUCCGGGGGGCGCCGAAGGGCAACAAACCCGCAAUCCUCACCUACCACGACGUGGGGCUGAACCACAAGCUGUGCUUCAACACCUUCUUCAACAACGAGGACAUGCAGGAGAUCACCAAGCACUUUGUGGUUUGCCACGUGGACGCGCCGGGUCAACAGAUCGGAGCGUCUCAGCUGCCACAAGGCUACCAGUACCCCACCAUGGACCAGCUGGCUGGGAUGCUGCCCACCGUGGUGCAGCACUUUGGAUUCAAGAGCAUCGUUGGGAUCGGCGUCGGAGCUGGAGCUUAUAUUCUGGCCAAGUUCGCUCUGAUCUUCCCUGACAUGGUGGAAGGUUUGGUUCUGCUCAACAUCGACCCCAACGGCAAAGGAUGGAUCGACUGGGCCGCCACCAAGCUGUCAGGUCUGACCAGCGCGCUGCCAGAUACCGUGCUGCCUCAUCUCUUCAGCCAGGAGGAGCUGAUGAACAACACAGAGCUGGUGCAGAGCUACCGGCAACAGAUCAACAACACCGUCAACCAGUUCAACCUGCAGCUCUUCUGGAACAUGUACAACAGUCGGAGGGAUCUGGAGAUGAACCGCAGCGGGACGGUGCUCAACGCCAAGACCCUGAAGUGUCCUGUCAUGCUGGUUGUGGGAGACAACGCCCCCGCUGAGGAGGGAGUGGUCGAGUGCAACUCUAAACUGGACCCAACCAACACCACCUUCCUAAAGAUGGCCGACUCUGGUGGACUUCCUCAGCUCACACAGCCGGGAAAACUGACCGAAGCCUUCAAGUACUUCCUGCAGGGGAUGGGCUACAUCGCUUAUGUGAAGGAUCGGAGGUUGAGUGGAGGGCCAGUGCCCUCCGCCAGCAUGACCCGUCUGGCUCGCUCCAGGACGGCCUCCCUGACCAGCGCCAGCUCCAUGGACGGCUCACGCUCCCGGGCCUGCACCCACUCCGACAGCACCGAGGGAGUCGGGACGGUCACCCAGACCAUGGAGGUGUCCUGCUGAGCAGCCACAGAAGAAGGAGAAAUGAAAGGGAAGGGAGGGGGCGGAGGAGAUGGAGAGAGGAGAUGAGGACAGGGAAAAAAGGGGCUGAACAGAAGGUGAAAUGUCAAAUGAGGCGGUGGGGGCAGUUCUCUCUUUCUUUAUCUAUCUCCUCCAGACCCCUUUGUCGGCCAUGUUCCUCUUUCCACCUCCAUUGUAAGAUACCAUAUAUAUUGCUACUAAAGCUCCCCGACGUCCACCUUAACCCCCAACAUCGCCCUCAACACGUAACGAUUUAAGCUAAUGUUUUUUCUUCUUGAAGUGUCAUUCUUGUGUUUGCUAAGUGUCUCCUCAUUCUUUGCCUGCACCCUUUUUGAAUACCCUCCCUCCCCCCGCCCCCCAAAGAAAAAAGCGUGAGAAAACUAAAUGCACGAAGAAUCUACUCGACAAUAUGAGAAAGUGGUGGAUAGAGGGGGUGCCCUAGAGAAGAAGUGUUCAACAUGAUUAUUUUUAUUUUUUGUGUGUGACUGAUUGUGAGUAUAUCUCUCUCAGUGUGUGAUGUAAACAUCCUCUUCCCUCAGAGUGCAUCAGAGUGGGCGUGUCCAGGAUUUGACUGACAGCAGAACACAGCCAAUCGUAGCCGAGUGUACCCGUAGAGCUUAGAGAGGAUUUGUUCGCUGUUUUUGGCGUAGCUAGAAUAACGUCCUGCAUGAUUUUUAAAGCUGCACUUGGUUCAUUUCUUUUGUACCCAACUAUUUUACCAAUCAGAAAACAAAAGAGCGACGUCGUCGGCAUAGAGGUGUAUCCUGAGACGGUUCUGAGCCUGCUUUGGUAAACCUUUUUUUUGUUUUUAUUAUUUGUGAAGACAAUCUGAGGCUGAAGUAACAACAAACAAGAAAUUAAAGUUGGGUCAGAGGUCAUAUCGAGAUCUCAAUUUAAUUUUUAUUACUUUACGGCCAAAGUGAUUAAUCUGUGUUUUUGCGCAAGAAGACAAUCUGGAAACUAAAAUGAUUAACAGAAAGACGGCAACAGCAGUUAACAUUGAACUGCUUAAAAAAUUACUGCGGAAAAUGUACAAAUAUGAGCCCAACAGUGUCGUGCUAAAUGUUUGUACACAUUUCACAUGAACACUGAGGGCUACACGAUAAAGAAAUAUACCUUUUUUACAUUUCACAUCUCUGUUAAAGCACGAGAAAGGCACAAAUCCAAACCAAACGUCUCCCAUAUGGCACUUAAAAGGUUGUUUAUCUGCUUCACAUGAUGAUAUAAAUGGUUCUGGGAGUCCAGAUCGUCCCGUACUACCGGUAUCUGGAGCCAAAUUGGUGCAAUGUUGCCGAGUGCAGUUUUAAGACGCGUGUUAUCUCACAUUUUGAAGACAAUCCACGAUAGAAUAUGCAUUUACUGAUAUGCAUGCAAAUGUGAAUGUAACUUUAGGGCAUUCUAGUUUGUGAGUAGCUUCUAGUAUUAGGGCAUUCUUCACUACUAGCACCUUACAUGUGUGGCUAGUCAAAUAGAGCCUCGCUAGCUCCAGUGCAUGGAUGUGGUUUCUGGCCUUUAGUCAUCUCUUUGUGGUAUCUAACGUGACAAUCAUCGCUCUGACCCAAACCAAACCAGACUAAAGGGGGAUAGAAGGGGUGUUGGAGGGGUGGAUAUGAGGCAGGACCAGGCUGACCCGACGACAGACUUCUCUUUCGGGGUCGGCACCGUAGACUGUAUAAAAAGUGGAUGCCAUGAAAUCUCCUUUAAAAGUGAAGCCAAAGCAUGAGGAGCUCCCCCUGGUGGCUGGUUGCGGUAUAGGUCAUAAGCUCCGCCCAUGUUAUGUUAGUGGGCGGGACUUGGACCAAACUAAAACACUAGAGUACGCAUCAAAUAUAUUUUUUUAAGAUGGCUUCUGUUCAUGUUUAUUAGUUAAUAUAAUGCUGAUGUUAGUUUAAGUGUUUUAGUUGAAGGAUGUGACAUCAUCAUGAUUGACAGUUACCAGUGACAACUGCUCAGUGGAACUGCAGUGCACUAUAAAAUAAGUGCACUGUAUAAUCCAACAUUUCUUUGUAACUGAUGGAGGUAGAGCAGAGCAAACCACCAGUGGGAGGAAGUGGGGACUCCUGUCAUCCAUAUUUUUUUUCUACAGUCUACAUUCGGCACCAAAGAAACUUCCCUUACAGCACUCAGCCCUUCUCUGUGGAUAUACCAAAGCUAAGCACAAAAUGAUGUACAACCAUGCACACACACACACUUGCAUAUAUAUAUACACGCAUAUAUGUUCGUACAUGUACUGAAAGGAAAGCUGUGUGGGCUGAGUUUUGUAAUGGAACUAAACACAAGAAGGGAACAUAGUAGGUGUUAUUUGGGUCCGUGUACUUUUUUGGUGCUUCAAGUUUGGUUUUCAGACUCAAUUUAAAGAACAAAAAAAGGAAAAAAUCUGAGGCAAAUUUACCUUUUAUUCCUUCAUACAUGUGUGUUUAAAAAAGAGAUUGGAGUUGUUAUUUGAUUUUAACAUCCUGGUUCUGGUUUUAAAAUCAAACUUGAACUGCAAAAAAAAUUUAAAAAAAAUGCACGGACCGUUUUGUUGUGCUGUGUAUAACCAUACUCUCACCAGUGCGUAUAUACUGUGUAGAUAGAUAUACAUAUAGGUUUAGACUAGAGAAGCUGUGUCCUGUUGUCGCCUGUAAUCCUGGAGCGCCGUGAUGCGAGAUAGGGCCCCCUGCUAUUUUUGUUCAUAUUUUAUUUGAAAUCUUAUUCAUGGUCAUCGUUCUGCCUUCAGUUCUACAGACCAAACCCUUUCUGGUCCCCUUGUCAGAAGGGGCGUACUUCCAAUCGCUGAGGUGUGCGCUUCCCUGAGGGCGGCCUGUAAGGGACGGGGCUUUUUUGGCGCCAUUUGGGCUCCAAGUUCGGAAUGUAGGGCAAACCCCAGCCACCUAAAAAAAAGUUUAAAAAAAAAACAACCUAUCCCCCCAAAAAAAUAAUAAUAAUAAUAAUAAAAGUGCCCCGGCUCUCACAGGCAAACCCAGUCGCACCCUAAAGGGCUAUCAGCUGCAGUCACUGUUUAAGACGUUGUGGUAGUGUUCUAGUCCCUGAGCACCAGGGGGCCCUAGAGAGCGACGGUGAAAGAAAGAGCGAGGGAAGAAGAGAAGGAAUCAAAACACAGAGAGAGAGAGAGAGAGACUGGAUGAAUGUUAAAGGAAAAGACUGUGGCUGCAGAGAUGAAUUAACUAAACAGGUUUGUAAAUGUUUGGAGCAGGGGUGUCAAAAAUAGGGCCUGACCCCUGGAAGUGGAAAAAAUUACAUUAACUGCAAAUUUUCAAUAAAAGAACCUGAUUAGAUCCCUAAUUAGUCCAUGAGCGGUUGCACUGUUCUUAUCAGAGUUGCGUAAAUAACAAGAAUGUUCCUAAAAUAUAGUUCAUUCCAUGAUGCACAUCUUUGCACUGAAAAAAAGAGAAACACCUGGAGCUGUUGUUAUUUGUAGUUUAUAGUUUGACACCUCUGCUGUUCUACAUCAUCGGUCCAUCAGUGUUUCUGUUUUUCUGCCACCUACUCUUUGGUUUCUCUUUGGCUUAGCCAGUGGGAAGACGGGGAUGGGGAUGGGACGGGGGGGCUCCUGAAUGUAUCUUGUCCCUUUUUGAAGUGCUGUACAGUAUCGUCAUCCUCUCAGAACUCCCCCUCACUAUGGUUUGCACUCCCCACAUUUAACCCUGCCUCCCCCCACCCUCCUUCCUUUUUCAAGGUCUAAAAAUAAAAGUGUUGAAAGAAGAAGCCUGCCGGAUCCGUUUGGCAUAGACCUUAGUCCUCCUUGCACUUGUAGAUACUUUUUAUUUAAAGAGCAGGUUACCCAAACCAAACACUCUAAUCCUACUGUAAUGUGACAAAACAUGUUUCUGAUCCUCUUCCCUUGGAGUAUUGUUUUGUUUUUUUGUUUUUUUAUAGGAAACGUAGGGUGUAACCUCAUCUAACUAUGAUGAUAUUGGUUCAUAUGUUACUACUACUCUUCUUCUUCUUCUUCUUACUGCCAUUUCUGAUUGAUUUGUAUUAAGCAAUAAGUUGUUUUCACUCACCUGGAUGGUUUCACUUUGUGGGGAGUCUUCCCUCUCAGCUUGUUUCUUUUCACAAACAGUAGACGGACUCUUAACCUGCGUCGUUGUCAUUCAGAUGUGUAAUGUAAAGUUAAAAUAUAUAUAUAUAAAUACAUAUACAAAGUAAGCUGUCUCUGUCCAUGUACUGAUCAAGUAACGAGUAAGAAAUAAAGACUUAGAUCUCAA